AUCUGAUCUGACAUUCGCCCAGCAGCAGCAGCGAUGGCAGGGAUGGAGGUUGCACCGUUUAGACCAUGGGAUGAUUUUUUCCCUGGAACAGACCGAUUUGCCAAACCAGACUUUGGAGAUUUAGCGAAAUGGAAUAACAGGAUCAUCAGCAACUUGUUAUACUACCAAACAAAUUAUCUGGUGGUGGCCAUUGUGGUUGCUCUUAUAGUGGGGUUCCUGAACCCCAUUGGCAUGUUUCUGGGGGGAGGUGUGGUCACAUUGGUCUUCAUGGGCUCUGUUUGGGCCGGAGAGAACCAGGCUGUGAUCAAGAACUUCAAGAAGAAGAACCCCAUGCUGUUUGUCAUCGCUGUGAUGGCGGUCAGCUACUUUGUGCUGUCUCUGUGCGGAGGAGUCCUGGUGUUCAUCUUUGGCAUCACUUUCCCCCUGCUCCUGAUCCUGAUUCACGCCUCAUUGCGGCUGAGAAACAUGAAGAACAGACUGGAGAACAAGAUGGAGGGUGUGGGCAUGAAGAGGACCCCCAUGGGCGUGAUCCUGGACCUGCUCGACCAGCAAGAGGAGAAGAUCAACAAGAUCCAGGACUUCAUCGAGAGCAAGCUGAAGGACUGAGCAGCGCGGCUACGCUUCCCUAACCUGUCGGUGUCAUACUCCUGUGCAUUUUAUCGGACUCAAAUCAGUGUUUAACAAAAGGAUGCAGCUGUAAAUAUCAACUUAUUUAGCUUCAGCCAAAAUUGGGCCUCUUGGCUCCAUAGAUGUCCAGUUGGUUACUCUGUAGAUGUUUAAUCACCAAAGGUUUGAGAGACACAGAAGUUCCAACUUGUGGGUCAUAACGAAUCACUCUGCCUGUGUCCAGAUGUGUGUGCAGUCUGUUCAGAAGUGGCAGGUAGCAUUGCAUCCCCUUUGUGUUUGUUUGUUUUUGUCUUGUCUUGGCUUGGCCCAUCUUGUUUGGAGGAUUAAAUAGUGUGAUGUGUUAGGGUUGCUGUAGCUACAGUAUGACAUAUCUGGUUGAAGAGUUGAGCUUUAUUGAUAAGUUUAUUUGAGUUUGAGUUUGUUUUUCUCCCUAGUCUAGAUUAUUCAUCGACUGUUCAUUCACUUGCUAUGACACGUUUAUAGUUGUGAUAUGAUUGCUUGAUAUAGCACAUUAUUAGACAAAUUUGUGGUUUAAGUUAUUAAGAAACAUGGCUUUUAUGAGGAAGUUAAUAUUAUUUUUGUUAAAGGAACCAUAUGUAAGAAAUGUAUUUCAAUUAAUCAUAAAAUGGCCCUGAUAUGUCACUAGA